AAUGGGAGUUCGUGCUGUUGGAGGCGGAGGAAGGAAUGCUGGUGGAUGCUUAUUACCAUGGCUGUCAAACCCAGUGACGAUAAUGUUAGAUAAAACAUCCCUUUUCAUGUAAGAUUUACGAGGAUGACUUGCACCAUGUCCGCUGCAGCUGUCGCGGUAUGGCUCGGUACGGUGGUCACCAUCUUGUCGAGAUCGCACGCAGACCGUAACGUCUACCCAUCCGCGGGAGUGCUAUUCGUCCAUGUUCUGGAGAGAGAGUACUUCAAAGGAGAGUUUCCUCCCUACCCAAAAUCAGGUGAUGCCGGCAAUGACCCGAUCACUUUCAAUACCAACCUGAUGGGCUACCCCGACAGGCCGGGCUGGCUGCGCUACAUCCAGAGGACCCCGCACAGCGAUGGCGUGCUCUACGGCUCCCCCACUGCAGAGCAUGUUGGCAAGGCCACCGUCAUAGAGAUUACUGCCUAUAACAGACGCACUUUCGAGACGGCACGGCACAACUUGGUCAUAAACAUCAUGGCCACGGAAGAGUUCCCUCUGCCCUAUCAGGCUGAGUUUUACAUCAAAAACAUGAAUGUGGAAGAGAUGCUGGCCAGUGAGGUGCUGGGGGACUUCCUGGGAGCAGUGAAGAACAUAUGGCAGCCUGAGCGCCUCAAUGCCAUCAACAUCACCUCAGCACUGGACCGUGGCGGCCGCGUGCCCCUGCCCAUAAACAACCUCAAGGAAGGAGUGUAUGUGAUGGUCGGUGCUGAUGUUCCCUUCUCGUCGUGCCUGCGGGAGGUGGAAAGCCCACAUAACCAGCUGCGCUGCAGUCAGGAGAUGGAACCUGUCAUCAGCUGUGACAAGAAAUUCCGAGCUCAGUUUCACAUUGAUUGGUGCAAGAUUUCUCUGGUCGACAUCAACAGAGUGGUCCCAGUAUACAUUACCCGUCCCGACCCGGGCACUGGGAUCCUGCCUGAAUUUGGGGAAUACGACCCCCCUUCUGAGUCACUGAAGACUAGAGACUACUUUUCAGACUUCCUUAUCACACUGGCCGUUCCCUCUGCUGUGGCACUAGUCCUCUUCUUCAUCCUCGGCUACUCUAUGUGCUGCAGACGGGAAGGGGUGGAAAAAAGAAACAUGCAAACACCAGACAUCCAGCUGGUUCACCACAGCUCCAUCCAGAAGUCCAGCAAGGAGCUGCGGAGCAUGUCUAAGAACCGGGAGAUAUCAUGGCCCCUGUCCACCCUGCCCGUCUUCAAUCCAGUGAGCGGCGAGGUGGUGCCGCCCAUACACCCUGACAACUACGAGACCACCAGCAUGCCCCUCAUGCAGACACAGACGAAUCUGCAAAACCAGAUUACGAUACCACAGCAACGGCCAUCAGGAGAUAGUUAUGUCAUGUCAACCUUUCGGAGGCUGGAGGUAAAUGGUAUUCCUGAGGAGAGAAAGGUGGCCGAAGCACUGAACUUGUGACCAGAGACACCAGUGUUGGAGCAGAUUUCAUAUCUAUAGUUUUGCUUUUUCUAACAUUUGUGCCAAUCUGCAUGCCUCAGAGGUGUCUUUACAAAGAUUUAUCAUCCAUAUGCACUUACACCUUGAACAGUGAGAGUGUGGAAGAGAACAAAAAAGCUUAGCUGAUUAUAUAUAUUAUAAUAAAUUAGAAUAUUUUGAAAUAUUUGUGUAAAUGUUCAAACUAUGUUUGUAUUUUUACUUGCUUUCCACAAUGGACCGCUUAGAGAAAAGGGGAGUUUUACAUGGGAAUGCUUUAGUUGUCAUGUGUUAUUAAUAAUGUUAUGUGUCACAUGAUAACAAUAAAUUCUUUCAAAGUAA